AGUUGUCCACGUAUCGUGGGUGGAGUGAAUUCUUUCGUAUGCACACGUAGACUUAAAUUUGUACAUCAGUGCUAUAGCACACGUCAACCGAUCCCGCCAGAACUCUUGGAUUUAUAACAUUAUUCACCGCUUUUUCUUUUAUAAUUAACAUUUACCUUAAGAGUGAGAGAUGGUGGCCAAACAGAGGAUUCGCAUGGCGAAUGAGAAACACAGCAAGAACAUCACACUGCGGGGCAAUGUGGCCAAAUCCACGAGAUUUGCUCAGGAGGAGAAGGCAGUGGUUGGACCAUGGCUUCUUGCUUUGUUCGUCUUUGUAGUAUGUGGAUCAGCAAUAUUCCAGAUCAUUCAGAGCAUCAGGAUGGGCAUGUGAAGGGUCAUCAAAGUUACUUUGUGCUGUUAUCCUCUCCUGGCUAAAGAUCAUCAUUCCCCUUUACUUAUUUAAAUCUUCAUGCUUCUCAAGGUCUUUCACUACAGCGACGUGGUGCCUUACUCCAAAACUGGAGGAACAAUAUCUUCUGAAACAUUCCAAUAUGGGACUUAUAAACAAAAUUGCUGCUGAAUUCAUGACCAAGGCAAUAAACUCAGAAUACAGUUGACUGUUAUGAAUCGUUCUGUUUGUUUAAUAGAAGUGCACCAUAGUUAUCAUUUGUUAUAGAUUUCGGACCAGUUCAGUAUAAUUGUUAAUGUUAUUUUGUAUUUUGCACCUUUAUUGGAUUUCCUUCUACCAUUGGAGCUGAAUUUGUGUGUUCUUUAACUGUAUGUUUAUAUAAAUGAAGGUACACAUGUUUAGUUUGGUGUGUAGACAUGAAAGAAAAAAUAAAAUGUACUUUCGCA